AUGACUAUCACUGGCCCUUUAACUACUGUUGGUUUUGAUGCUCGUUUCCCAAAUCAAAAUCAAACUAAACACUGUUGGCAAUCUUAUGUUGACUACCACAAAUGUAUUAAUGCUAAAGGAGAAGAUUUUGCUCCAUGUCAGAUUUUCUGGAGAACCUACACUUCAUUAUGUCCUGUUGCAUGGGUUGAAAGAUGGGACGAUCAAAGAGACAGUGGUACUUUCCCAGCCAAUUUGAAUCCUUAA